AUGGGAGAACAAGAGGAACAAGCAUUGGGCGCCGCCAGAACUGCGACCAUACGACGCAAACCUGUGCCUGCGCAUCCACCACCUACUACUCCCGUCAAGCGAUUGAAUGUUGUGGACCGAUGGAGACAACUCCCGCGACGAACUCGCAUCAUAGCCAUUGCAGUUACACUGGCGGUCAUUGCUCUGAUCAUUGGCCUUGCAGCUGGGCUGUCGACGCGCAAGAGCACCCAAAACCUUCCCCUGCCCUCCGGACAUGGCGGCCCCUACACCGGAGACCUGACCUACUAUGAGCCCGCCCUGGGCGCAUGCGGUGUGACUUCCAGUAAUAAGGACAAGAUUGUCGCGAUAUCACAUAUCGUGUUUGAUGCUGUGAGCACGGGCAGGGACCCGAACAGCAACCCUCUAUGUGGGAAGAAGAUCAGGGCGCGCCGGGACAACAAGAGCGUGGAUUUGACGGUGGUAGACAGGUGCACUGGUUGUAAGCCCAAAGACAUCGAUGUCACAGUCAACACAUUUGCUACGCUGGCGGACGUCGACCUCGGCAGAGUCCUCGUGGAGUGGAACUGGUUGGAGAAUAUACCAGCAGGGGCUGAAAGUUGA